UUUCAGACGAGAAGACACAUCUAUCUAGCUGGACUAUCAGCGUAUACCCCACCACGUCCUUCGAAAAAUGGCUUCUUCCCUCUUCGUCUCGCUCACCAUCUCCCUCCUGCCGAUCCUCCUCUUCCAAGCCGCCACGGGAGAAGCACCGGCGCCGGCGGAGCUGCCGAGGUCGGAGCUGGCGGCCAUCUUCCGCGUGAUGGGCGACCUGCUGGGCGACCCGACGUGGGCCGAGCUCCACCCGCGGCCCUGCACGGACACGCCCUGGCCCGGGCUCCAGUGCGAGCUGGCCCCCGACGACAGCCGCCGCCUCCGGGCCACGCGGCUCCAUUUCGGCCCGGACGUCUCCGCCCCGCCCUGCAGGCCCGGGGCCCGCCUCGCGGCGCCCGCCAUCCUGGGCCUCCCCCACCUCAGGACGCUCUCCCUCUUCGGCUGCUUCGUCGGCCGGCCCGUCGAGCUGCCCCCGGCGCUCUUCACCAACACCUCCUCCCUCGAGCAGCUCGUCCUCAAGUCUAACCCGGGGCUCACGGGACGGAUACCGGCCACCUUGAGCAACCUCAGGACUAGCCUGCAGGUGCUCAGCCUGUCCCAGAACGGCUUCCGUGGCGAGAUCCCCCGGGAGCUCGGCGGCCUCGCCGCGCUGCAGCAGCUCGACCUCAGCUACAACAACCUCACCGGCCAGAUACCGGAGGAGAUCGGAGGGAUGACGAGGCUGACCAUCCUGGACCUGAGCUGGAACGGCAUCGAGGGCGGCGUGCCGGGGGCGCUGGGCAGCAUGAGGAUGCUGCAGAAGGCCGACCUGAGCUACAACCGCUUCGUUGGCCAAGUGCCGCCGGAGAUCGGGUCGCUCAAGGAGCUGGUGUUCCUGGACCUGAGCCACAACGGGCUCGCGGGCCCGCUGCCAGCCACACUGUCGGGGCUCUCGAAGCUGCAGUACCUGCUGCUGCAGGACAACCCCAUCGGGACCGCGGUGCCGGCGGUGGUCGGCUCGCUCCGCGGGCUGCAGGUGCUGGGCCUGUCGGGCUGCAACCUCACGGGCCCGAUCGGCCCGUUCUUCGCGGCGCUGGGGGGCCUGAUGGCGCUGUCGCUGGACCGAAACCGGCUCGACGGGCCCAUCCCGGCCAGCCUGGGCGCGCUGCCGCACCUGGGCCAGCUCAACCUCAGCCAGAACAGGCUCGCGGGGGAGAUCGCGCUGCCGAGGGAGUUCGUGGCGCGGCUCGGCAGGCGGCUCGACGUGCGGGGCAAUGACGAGCUGUGCGUCGGCAGGGGCCUGCGGGCCAGCUUCCUCGGGGCGCCGCCGCCGUGCGUGGCAGGAGGCGGCGGCCCAGGGAACGUCAACGGGACGUCGUCGGCGCUGGAAGACGAGGGAUCCGGUUGCCGAGGUUACGGGGUCGUUGGAGGUUUGGGCGGAUUGCUCUGCCACCUUGUCGUGUUGUUGAUGUUGGUACUCGACCUGUGAUGAUUAAUUACUGAUUAGUGAGCGAUCAUUGAUGGUUUACUAAUUACUACUAAUUAUGGGCUCCAACCUGCGACGGACAGAGGAUGGAUCUCUGUUUUCCCGACCCCUUUAAAAUGUCAAAUAUCGUGCAUACGAUCA